UUGAUAAUUAACGGGGGUACUUGAACUGGUGACGUGGGCGGAGGGUGGGUGGGGGAUGGCUGGAGAGAGGAGGAGGGCCGGAGACAAGGGAGAGAGGUCUUGGCUCUUGUCUUCCAGAAGCUCUUUGAUUCAGUGGCUGAGACAACGCAGCUCACCGGCCACUCCAAACACCUAAAACGAAGAGCCUCGACCAAACUCAGCUCGGCAGAUCGCUGUGAAGACAGAAUAAAGAUUUUCCUUUCAGCGCAUUGAGUAUUUUUGUGUCUUCGCGGACGAAAUCAAAGAAAAAAAAAAAGCUAAACUUUUAUGAAACUACACUCGGUGUUUUAGAUCAGCUCCGAGCCGGAAAAUGAAUCCUGCAUCCAGUGAAGGCAAAACCAUCCGGUCAAAGUCCCUGAGCGAGCGUUUGGCACAGAUCAGCGCGUCUGAGAUGAAGAGAAGCGCAGCAGGCGCCACUCGGUAAGAAGUGGACGAGAGAAAACCAGAGAACCCAAAGAGAGUGGAGGUCAGCAAAUGAUGGGGAUGAAGCACUUCCUGCUGCUUUUGAUUUACUUAGACCCGUUAAAUGUCUUAUGCGCUGUCACCCCCAACAAGAAGAGCAAAAUUCCUCCGAGGAAGAACCCAAAGGUGAAGGAGGUCAACGGAAGCACCACCGCGGUUCCCGCCCCCGUCCCGGUGGAGAACACCCAGGUCCAGGCUCCCUCGGUAGGGCAGCACGAUACCUGCUUGGGCUACUACGACGUGAGCGGUCAGUACGACAAAGAGUUCGCCUGCAACAACACGCUCCACCGCUUCUGCUGCGGCAGCUGCUUCCUGCGUUUCUGCUGCGCGGACCGCGGGAAGCGCGUGGAGCAGAAGACCUGCACCAACUACAUCACCCCGGACUGGAUCAAGACCCAGCCCCCCUCACCGGCGCCCACGGGGGACCUGUACGAUCCGGCGCUGGACCAGACCAACACCACGGUGUACAUCACCUGCGGGGUCAUCGCGCUCAUCAUCACCAUUGGGAUUUCUGUCAAAGUUGCCUAUGAUAAGGCCACGAAGCCCCCCCAGGAGAUGAACGUUCACAGAGCGCUGGCCGACAUCCUGAGGCAACAAGGACCAGUUCCGAUAUCCCAAUAUGAACAUGAAAACAUGGCGGCCAUUGAUGGGUCUCCGAAGGACGAGACGCCGGUCAGAAGCUCGAAGAAUCAUUACACACCGGUCCACACAAAGGCAUCGAACCACGGUCACUAUGGGAAAGAAAACCUGCGCGUCGGAGGCCAAGACAUGCACAACUUCAUCUCCUCUGGCUUCGUUACGCUCGGACGAGGCCACUUGAAAGUGCAGCAUUCCAUAGACGACUCGGGCCAGAUAUCCUGGCAGGGGGACCUGGACAUUCCCAUGUCCUACGGGAACCAUCACCAUGACUACCAGCACAGCCACCUGGAUCUGACCGCACUCACACCAAAACUAGACAGACCCCAGCGGAUGAACAACAUCCUGACCUCAGCCACAGAGCCCUUCGACCUGAGCCUCUCCAGGUCCUUCCAGAACCUGAGCCAUCUGCAGCCUUCGUAUGAGAUGACCCUCAAGCCUGACCUAAGUAAAUACUCACUUCACAGAUUAAGUGAGAAAGACAUUGAUGACUAUUACCCGAGGAAGCAUCAUCAUGCUGACUUUGGAGGUCGGGGUCAUACUCACAUGGUGAAGCUGAAUGCUGAAGCCCAGCAGCACCAGCAACACCAGCAGCGGCAACGUCCUCGACGGGUCCAGAGGGCCAUGUCCCAAGACCACGUACUGUCCCCUCCCAGGACACCACGCCGUGGAGAUUAUGGCUUGUCGUCGUACGGCGCCAUGGCAGCUGCAGCGUAUGGAAGCAGUCGGAACCUCUCAAAUGAGCAGCUACUUUCUGCAGACCGCCUUCACUCCCAGGACCCCUUGCUGCUGUCCCCGGCGAUGAGGCGCGACAAGUUUCGAGAGAAGGCCAUGGCACGAGCGAUGUCUCACGCCGACAUGUUGCUGCCCACCACACCUGUGAUGGACCGCCACAAGGUGACCAAGAUGCACUCUCAACCCAGUGCCUCUAAUGACUCUUACAACACGCUGAUGGUAAACCAUCAUGGAGGAACAUCCACAUCCAAGAGGCAGGCUUUUGCUUCCCGAAGAACACACACAGUGGACCACCUGCAGUACAUUCCUGGCCACCACCACACGUACCGCACUGCCAGUAAGAAUGAGGUAACUGUUUAACUGAAGGACUCUUUAGACUCUUUAGAUCAUUGCAGAAUUCAAAAGACUUUCAUAAUAUCAGCAAGUUUCUGUACAGCUGUUCAAUCUCCUCUAACAAACUAAAAUGUUUCAUGCUUUUUAGCACAAGCUUCAGUGUCAUCCAGAUUUUGGGUAACUAGGAUCAACCCAGGCAAAGACAUUUUCCCAUAGGGCGUCAAAAGGGCUUUGGCAUUGACACAAAGAUCCUUCUUGUUGGACGUUUGGCGAUGUGAAGAACAUAUUUUUUUAAACUGAACAUGGGACUCAAAGGGGGUUGUGUUAACUUCAUACACAUAUGAAUAAACUAUAUUUACUAUUUGUAUUUUCAGUCCUUGUUAUAGCUUUAGGAAUACUCUCCAUCUGAUGUAAGCACUUCAAUCGGUGCCUGAAUUUGUCCCAUUUCAACCAUGAAGUGGAUUUGUGGGUUAAAAAGCACAAUUAAUGACUUUACCCAUGUUUGAAAUAAGUUUCUCCUCUUUGAUGACAGCCAGGACAUAUCAGCUUAGAUUAUAAAUGAAAACAGGCUACUUCUGUUGUAUACAAUAGAUGAUUGUAAAUAGGCUAUAUUAUUAGCAGCAAUUAACUAGAAAAACUGGCCUUUUGACUUUCUUUUCUCUCCCAAGAAACCGACCAUAGAUUUUCAUUUAUAAUUUUGAUUCUAGAUAAGAAAACUAUCCCAAAUCAGUAUUAUUUCCACUGAUGUCUGCAAAUAUGUGGAUCUAAUAUGGGAGAUCUGUUUGUGUUUUUUUCCCCAAAUUGUGCUUGUGGCAUAGAAUGACUGUGUAUGAAAACUUAACAACGUUCUGUAACUCCUUCAUUCUGUAUUUAUUCAUUUGCUGGUGAAAUGGAACCAGUUGGUCAUUUGGAUUUGCUUGAUUUUAAGCUUCCCUGCUUUGUUUGUCCACGGCUGACCUUUUUUCCCCCCACCACUCCAUGUCAGGUACUCGAUGUUGUGGAAUACUUCGGCUGAAUAUCUGUUUUGUAUUGAUUCUAACUGAAACAAUCAGUAUGAAGUCAUGCUUGAUUUACAAGACUCUGCUUGUUAGUCAAGCAUCAAUUAAACUGUGAAAUGUCUGUCCAGCUGUUUCCAUUAAAGUAAUGCCUUAUUGUAUGAAAUCCCAUAUGCUCUUAAUGAACAAUUGUGCUUUUGUCACGGCUUGUCUCAACUUUUUGUGCACCGCUUUAGGCUUUCCAGCAGAAUAAGAGAUUGAAACCGGUCAAGGGAGGGAUGAUUGGAUGAGCGUACCUCAUUUCAAAAUGUCUCAAAGUUUAAAGCUAUAAUUGUUUUGGAAAAUUAAUGUAUGCACAUCUCAGUAAUCAGUCCUGAAACUAUAGAUAUAACUUCAGAAAACAAUCUUUUUUUGUUUCCAAAUGUAUUUUAGGUCAUGGAAAAUGAUCAUUGGUUCUCUCAGCAUCUUUUCAAGAUUAAAUCCCAAAAAGGACAUCAAAAAACAUGUUUACAUAAAGUUCAAAUAGUAUUCUACUUGAAAUCAGAUUUUUAAUUUCAUUGCUGUAAAUCUCAGCUUUUGUUGCUGUACCUAAUUCCAAACUGGUUCAAAUGGUUUUAAUGGUGUGCCAUACCCAUUGCCAAAAGAGAUUUAGGGAUGAUUUUAUUUUGUCAUAGUCAUUCUUUCUCAUUUUUAUUGAUUUUAUAAUUGUAUGAUGUAAUGUUGUUUUCAUCCUAACUUGCUGAUUUUUAUGGUUUUAUGGUUUUUAGUUAUACUUGUUCGUGAUUGCAUCUUCUGUGUUGUACAGCACUUUGGGUUGCGGAAGCAAUAAUACGUGUGCUUUAGAAAUAAAUGUGACCUUGACCUUAAUCCCAUUUUCUAAGCAUACCUGUGCCCCUAACUUUGAGUUCUUUGUUAGGCUUCUGUUAGAAUUAAUAAAGGGUACUAGUUUCAGUAUUCAGGAAACUAGCUCAUUGAUUGUUGCUAGUGAAAUGGGUUUCAUCAGGAUGUGUAAAAUUAUAACAACACCGAUAUGUUUAAUGUUUGCUGACAAAGACUGAAUGUAAUACCAAAAUGUAUGCACUGGCAAAAUAUUGAAUUAGACAUCAAAAUGUUAGGAUGUGGGCCUUUCUAUAACCAGGUGGAUCUAAUCUCUUUUUAAAAUGAAUCUUAAGAGGUAGACAGGAGCUGGGAUCAUAGCAGCAACCUACCAGUUAGCCACUCUUUCUCUUAAACCACGUUCAUUUCAGAUUGUUGUGACUAUAAAAUUAUUUUUUUGUGAGUUACUUAGCUACUCUAAAGUGAGCUCCAGAAAAAUCUUAAUUUGUGGGGUUAGUUAGUUAGCCUGGAAAGUCAUCAUAUGUUUGUAAAUAUGUACAGUAGUCUGGCCACAACCUAUAGAGAGAAGAUGCAAUUAUUUAAAUUAAAUCUGAAAUAAAGGACAAGUACCUCUAUUUGCUCCUUACUAAAAAUGAGUCCAAGUCUAAAUAAUCCAAAGUUGUUUCAAAUAAACUAUUGCCAUCUUUUUUUGCUCCGUUGCAGUAACAUCCCACCAAAUCAAACCAAUGGAGCGCUGUGAUUGGCCCACCAAACCAAUAGAGUGCUAUGAUUGGCCCUUCAAACUGACAGACCACUGUGAUUGGCCCACUAAACCAAUAGAGUGCUGUCAUUGGUCCACCAAAUCAAUGGAGCACUGUGAUUGGCCCACCAAACCAAUAGAGUGCUCUGAUUGGCCCUACAAACUGACAGACCACUGUGAUUGGCCCACUAAGCCCAUCAAACCAAUAGAGUGCUGUGAUUGGCCCACUAAACCAAUAGAGUGCUAUGAUUGGCCCUACAAACUGACAGACCACUGUGAUUGGCCCACUAACCAAAAGAGCUUUGUGAUUGGCCCACCAAACCAAUAGAGUGCCAUGAUUGGCCCACCAAACCGAUAGAGCACUGUGAUUGGCCCAUCAAACCAAUGGAGCGCUGUGACUGGCCCAUUAAACCGAUAGAGCUCUCUGAUUGGCCCACCAAACCAACAUAGUGCUAUGAUUGGCCCUUCAAACUGGCAGACCACUAUGAUUGGCCCACUAAACCAAUAGAGUGCUGUCACUGGCCUACCAAACCAAUAGAGUGCCAUGAUUGGCCCACCAAACAAAUGGAGCAUUGUGAUUGGCCCAUUAAACCGAUAGAGCUCGUUGACUGGCCCACCAAACCAAUAGAACGCUGUCACUGGCAAGCCAGUGCGGGCCUGAUGAGGCUCCAACGUAGCGUGGCUAGAUCGAGCUGCAGAGCAGAUUCGUUUUGCUACAGCUACUGACCGUCUAGAUUUCUGGGCCACCAUUUAGCCUCAGCACUAUGAAAUGUGACACUACUAAAACUUGAUUUGAACACAGAUAGUAAAGGGUAGGGAUGAGUGGGGGAACCUUUGCUAGAUGCUAAAAGAAAAACAUAAAAUCAACAGGGAAGUGUCAAAAACUGCUGUGGCUCUUUAAGGACAUUCAACAAAGUCCUCACAAAACCCAGACGUGGAAAUUAGUGAUCUACUAACAUGACUAGUUAAACAAAUUUUAUAAGAACUACAGAUGCCCCUUCACACUGGAUUGAAACCAAUAUGGUCUCCAUGACUUACACAGCCAAGUAGAUUGUGACUGGAAAUCAGCAAAUGUGGAAGACAUCCUUCAAUGGAAAAUCGGUCGUUAAUUUUUUUUUCCAAACACUCUCCUACAUAUUUCUCUCUUUCACCACAGUUCAAACCCAAACCUGAGCUCCAAACUCUCUUGGAACCUAUUAAGAUGCAUCUAGAAGCUUAGCCAUUGUUAGAAUGACUGUGAUGGUUUAAUGGGAUUAUAAUCUGACAUAUAGAUGAAACCGCAAUGGUGUAGGUCCCAUGUCAUGGACACAGAGCCACUGUGCUCUACAUAGGACCCUGAUAAGCUUAGAUGAACCAUAACAACCUCACUACUUACUGCUGUUUGUGCAACUAAUGGUGACCUAUCAGGCGUGUAUGUGGGGGAACCCUCUUCAGCAUCCUGCUAAGACUCUGUGUUCUGGAUUGCUUCAUAUGUCAUAGAGGAGUCUUCCAGUCAUCCAGUGAGAGGGGUUCUGGCUUUUUUUUUUUUUUUUUCUUUUCAGGGAAUGAGCAUCAUACUGUGUAAAAGAGGAAGUUAGCCUCUUUAUGGACAGAAAAUCCCAAAAUACCUUAAAUGUUCAGCAGGAAAUCUUUUAAUUGCACACUAUCUAUAUGAAUAUCUGUGCAAAAAUGUCAGUUCCAAAAAGUAAAAUAACUGUUAUUAAAGCAACUCUUUAUCUCACUCAAACAAAAUAAAAUGAAACACAAGGUCUUGAAGUUUUCCUUAAAAGAUAACUGGAUCAUCUGCUGGAGACGUCCAUCCAAAACAGUUACUACUUUACUUUUACAAUGAUUCACUUGUUCCCCCCUGAAACCAAACAGGUCCAUGGUGAUGCCAUGUUCAUUGCCAAAAUACCACAAAUUUGAAAAAUCCUACAAAAAUGAUUUUACAAGAAAAUCAUAGGAAAAAUGUAUUAACAUUGUUUGAUUUGUCAGCUUCUGUAUAUACUUGAGGUGUGUCAAUUUAACAGCAGUGUCUUAACAGAAAAUCUGUCCUAUUGCAAGUUUCUUUUUCUUAAUUUUGCUUUUAGGUAAAAAGAAAAUGGAUAAAUAGGAGAUAAUUUUCAGAAGUUGGAAUGUUGGCCAAAUGUACCUUGAGCUGAAGAAUUAUAAUUCUUGAAUUGUACGUGCCACUUUAUGUCAGGUUUGCAUUUAAUGAUGUCAGUUUGAUUGAUUUCUUUCUAAACUCUAUUUGAAGAUUACUUUGUUAUUUCAGACAUGUUGACAAAAAAAAGCAUUGGCUGCUGUUGCUGAGGAAAAUGGAUGACACUAGACACAUCUGAAUUCAUCUCAUUUGCUGACAAACUUCUUUUGAAUUAAUGAUGAUGUCAUCCCAAAAGCCUUUUCUCUAUGUGCAAUAUUUCCUUUUCACACUGUUGAACGUUGAACCACUAAAGGUUUCUGACAGGUCUCUGUUUCAUUUGCUGCCACUGAAGCUUUGUUUUGUUGAGUUUUGUUUUUAGGACUUUAAUGUCUUUCACAAUCAGUCGAACGUGUUUUUAUAGCUAUAUAUAAGAGCGAUAAAUGUGGUGUGUAUGAGAAACAGUAUCAGUGUAAUUACAGACGAUGAGAGAUUUUAAAGGCUUCAAAACUACAAAACAUGACUGUUCCUGUGCAUUUUUGUUUGUUUAUGAAUUAUUAAAAAGGUCAUCAUGA